AUGAACACUUUUCCUAAAAUUGAAACACCUGAUGCGCUAAAGUCUUUAAGGGAGAAAGAUCUCUUGUCUCUUCGGGGCAAUGGUGAAGGAGAGCGCAAAUCAUUUGAAAGGAUCUACGAUUACGACAUCUAUGAUGAUCUCGGUGAUCCGGAUACUAGCUCAGAUUUGGGUCGAUCCGUUCUUGGUGGCGAGAAGUAUCCUUACCCUAGACGUUGUCGUACAGGUCGGAAAAUGACCUCCACAGAACCCUGGUCGGAGUCGAGAACAACACUCCCUUCUUAUGUGCCGAGAGAUGAAGAUUUUUCAGAGAUAAAGGAGGCAUCAUUUGGUGCGAGAACAUUGUACUCUGUGCUUCAUGCAGUUGUUCCAACGCUAGAUUCCAUAUUAACGGACCCCAACAAGGGAUUUUCUUCAUUCAAGGAUAUUCAUUUACUUUAUGAUGAAGAUGUUGAUGACAUUGCUAUGGAAAAUGGAUUUCUCAGUUGUUUACCAAGACUUGUCAAAAGUGUUGCCGAUAGUACCCAGAACGCACUCCAAUUUGAGACUCCUCGAACCAUGGAAAGGGAUUCAUUUUCUUGGUUUCACGAUGAGGAAUUUUGUCGACAAACACUUGCUGGUGUUAAUCCAUAUAGCAUAAAGUUGGUCACGGAAUGGCCAUUGAUGAGCAAACUAGACCCUAAAGUUUAUGGACCAGUCGAAUCAGCAAUUACCAAAGAAAUUAUUGAGCAAGAGAUUGGAGGUCUCAUCACUCUUGAUGAGGCAUUAGAACAAAAGAAGUUAUUCUUGUUAGAUUAUCAUGAUCUUCUCUUACCUUAUGUGAAUAAAGUAAGAGAGCUUGAAGGAACAACUCUCUAUGGUUCGAGGACUUUAAUGUUCCUUACAUCUAAAGGAACACUAAGACCACUAGUCAUUGAGUUAACUCGCCCACCAAACAACGGGAAACCACAGUGGAAACAUGUAUACACACCAUGUUGGGAUGCUACGGGUGCUUGGCUAUGGAAGCUAGCUAAGGCUCAUGUCCUUGCUCAUGAUUCUGGUUAUCAUGAGCUUGUUAGCCAUUGGUUAAGAACUCAUUGCGUUACUGAGCCUUACAUAAUUGCUACAAAACGCCGUCUUAGCAAAAUGCACCCUAUACAAAGACUAUUAUGCCCUCAUCUUCGGUAUACAAUGGAGAUCAAUAGCCUAGCUCGACUAGCCCUCAUUAAUGCUGGUGGUAUAAUCGAGUCAUCUUUCUCUCUUGCCAAAUACUCCAUGCAACUUUCUUCUGAUGCGUAUGCACACCAAUGGCGGUUUGAUCAUGAAGCACUUCCGGAUGACUUGGUUAGCAGGGGAAUGGCCGUUGAAGAUGAAAGUGCACCACAUGGUAUAAAACUGACAAUCGAGGACUACCCAUUUGCAAACGAUGGUCUACUUCUAUGGGAUGCCAUUAAACAAUGGGCCACCGCUUAUAUAACUUUCUACUACCCACAACCAAAUCUUGUAGAAUCGGAUGAAGAACUUCAAUCAUGGUGGACAGAAAUCCGAACAGUGGGACAUGGGGACAAAAAAAAUGAACCAUGGUGGCCGAAUCUCAAAACCCAACAAGAUUUAAUCAAAGUUGUCUCAACAAUCAUGUGGGUAUCUUCCGCCCACCAUUCAGCAGUCAAUUUUGGUCAAUAUGAUUAUGCGGGUUAUUUCCCCAAUAGACCAACCAUUGCCCGAAUUAAAAUGCCAAACGAAGACCCCACUGAAGAAGAAUGGCAAACCUUUUUAAACAAACCAGAAGAUGUUUUAUUAAAUUGCUUCCCUACCAAGAUUCAAGCUACUAAAGUGAUGGCGGUUUUGGAUGUUUUAUCGAGUCAUUCUUUAGAUGAAGAAUACAUUGGAGCUAACAUGGAGGCUGAAUGGGGGGAAGAGCCUGCUAUAAAGGCUGCAUUUGAAAAGUUUAAUGGAAGGUUGAAGGAGAUUGAAGGUAUCAUAGACUCAAGGAACCGUAAUCCGAAUUUGAAGAAUAGAUAUGGCGCAGGGUUAGUCCCGUAUGAGCUUCUCAAGCCAUUUUCUGAACAUGGCGUCACCGGAAAAGGUGUUCCAUAUAGCAUCUCCAUCUAA